UCCAUCUGACAUUAUGUCUUGAAGACUGACGAGCAAAAAAGAAAGAGAUCGAGAGAGGAUUUAAUUGAGGCAGUGCAGUCAUUUUCUUUCUUCUUCUUUCGACCCCUUCUCAGUUUUCCAGUGGAGGCAGCAAGUCUAUUUUCCAUUACAAUUAUGGAAAAAAGCUCUUCUUCACACGGCCAGAGGCCAUUUCUACCUCCAGCUGCCCUUCCGAUCCCCCUCUAUAUAAUAAACAGAGGAUUCGGGAUUGGGAAGUACCCCUCUCUCCAUUCCAUUCACAUUUCACACAGUCACCAUAUAUGGCUAACGAUUGGUCAGCACUCUUUGAUAAAAUGUUGUCUGAUCGAGAUUUGAGGGUUCGACGCAUAACUACUUCUUGGAGGCAAGAAUACAUGCAAUUUGCUAGCUCCAUUCCCGUUGAAAUUUUCAACCAUCCCCGGCCUCCUUCUUUCAUACUGAAUCUCAACACGAGCGUUCUUUUCAAAGGAGCGCCUCAUGAUGAUCUCCUGUUGGUCUUUUCCCGGAAACCUGGGGAAGCCAAAUUUAUGCUGCACCUCCCUGGAAAUGUGGAUUUCAAUACUCAUCGUAGGAUUGACGCAUAUUACAAGUGGGUUGGCAACCUGCUUGAAAUUAAGCUGCAGCCGGCUCUUAACCCCCAGGCCCUGAUGGAUCUCAAUGAUAACCUGAUCCAGUUUCAUCUGCUGGCAGAGAGACUAAUCACCCCGGCUGAUAUUAUUAACAAAGAAAUACGCCACCCUCGGAUGGAUGUGAGGCCCUUCUAUAACAUCUGUACAGAGGAGCUCCGGCAAGCCAUUAAUGAUGGCUCGUCUACAUCUGUUCAAGUUUUCCCUCCGGGUGAAAUGGUAAGUUAUGGCGCUGAUAUUCGCUUUGAGAAAGGCCAAGGCCUCGCGGUUAGCCCCCUUGAAUUCUGUAAAGUUGUUUGCCCAGAAGACGCUGAGCCAUUUUGUUUCCAAACUAAACGGCUCACUGUAAAUGGCGCUGAGGAGGGGAUAUCAUCCAUCUAUUUAUAAUUUUAUUACUAUAUGAAUUUGUAAUGACAACUAAAGUAAAGAUGGUAUAUAUGAUUGGGAUUUAGCUGA